AUGUCGACCGCCGGUCGCGUCAACAAAUCUGGGCAUCGCUUCGCCCCGAAGCGCAAAGCACCCGCCGCGCCCACGCCUGCCUCGACUCGCACACACCGCGAGGGCUCGACAGCAAGCUCAACCGCCGGUCCGACACCUCGAGCCGCCCACGCGCCGCUCCCGGCUCUCGACGAGGACGCCGCCGAGGAGGUCGCCGACUCGCAGGCCCCCACCGCCUCGGGUUCCGCCUCGAGCGCACCAGCAGCCGCGUCCAGGACAUCACCCAAACGCCCACAAGCUUCCCUGUUUGCGCCAGCCGACCCGACCGGCUCGACCCAGUCGUCGUCGCAACAACCCGCCUCUUCCCUCGCCUCGUCGACCGCGUUCGGCUUCUCGCCCGCCGACCCCUCUGCGUCGACCCAGGCCACCUCGUUCGCGCCCUCGCAGCCGACCCAGCGCAAGUCGCCGCAGCGCGCGACCGCCGUUCUCCCCCUUCCGCCGUCCUCCUCCCCUCAGCGCGUCGCCAACAGCUCCCUUUUCCAGCCGCCCGCCGCCUCGACCUCGUUCUCCUCCCCACAGCGCCCUACCCCGUCGACCGCCGCACCGAACUCGCCACGUGCGCGCGGCACCGCCUUCGCGGUCGGCACCGCCCCGCCGACCGAGAGCCCCCAGCGGCAGCGCGAGCGCGAGCUGCGCGAGUCGUUGAGCCCGGUUCGCCAGGCGGCGCCGCUCCCGACUGCGGCCGAGGCGACGGCGCCGGGCUCGCCAAAGGGCAAGGGCCGAGCCAAGGGCAAGAGCAUCGCUGCGCCGUCCGCGCCGCCCGAUGACGGCCCCGCCGCGUCCACCUCGGCGUCGGCCACCGCGACGACGCGCUCGUCCGGGCGUCGCGCCGCACCCGACGCAGCCGAGUCGCCCGAGCGCGAGCGUGCCGAGACGGCAGCGGCGGCGGACGAGCAGGACGAGCCUGUGCAGCCGGCGGCGACGGGCGCGACCAAGGCGGCGAGCGGGACGCGCUUGCCGAGGGCGGUCAAGGCGGCGGCCAAGACCAAGGGCAAGGGCAAGCAGAAGGCGGUCGAGGAGACGGCCGAGCAGGAGGGAGCGGUCGAGGACGGCGACGAGGCGGGCGAGCCGGCGGCGCUGAAGAAGGGCAAGGGGCGCGCCGCGGCCAAGCGCACCGCCGCCGCCGCCGCCGGCAGCGAGGAGGAGGGAGCUGUUCCGGCCAAGCGCCAGGCGGCUGCAUCGCGCGCCAAGCCCAAGGCCGCUGCCGCUCGCGCGAGCAAGGCCAAGGGCAAGAGCGCCGCCCGGGCGGCCUCUCCCGCCGCCUCGGACCGCGACGACGACCUCGAGCCGUCCGCAUCCGCCAAGGCGCCGGCGGCGGCAGCGGCCGGCGCGAGCGACGACGAGGACGAGGACGAGUCGGCGCAGGACGCGAUCGACGCGAGGGUGCGCAAGCGCGCCAAGCGGCGGCAGGAGAAGGGGCGGGUCGGGCCGAAGAAGGGCAAGGCGGACCAGGCGCUGUUUGGGUCGGACGAGAGCGAGGCGGGAGAGGGCGAGGAGGACGAGGACGACGAGGCGCAGAACGGCCUCGACGACCACGACGACGACGGCGACUCGGACGGGUUCGACCCGGCGGCGGCGACGUCGUCGGCCAAGCGCACCAAGAAGAAAAAGGGCACCAAGAAGGGCGCGUCGGUCAAGGUCAAGGCCGCGUCGCCCGCGCCGCUCCCGACCGUCGACCCGUCCGAGACGCUCAUGGCCGACCUCGCGUCGGUGCGCCCCAAGUUCUCGAUCGGCCGCCCCUCGGAGCGCACCCUCUUCUUCGAGCAGCGCAAGCUCGACGCCAAGAGCGCCCGCAAGGAGAAGCGCCGCAAGAUGAAGCUGCGCGCCAAGGGCCAGCUCGAGGAGAGCGGCGACGAGCAGGACGGCGAGGCGGCGGCAGCGGCGGUCGAGGGCAAGGAGGCGAGCGCGACGCCGGCGCCGCGCGCGAACCCGGCGGGCCUGCGCGAGAUGGAGGAGGACGAGGACGAGCCGCAGGCCGGUCCGUCCGGGUCGGACGCCGGCGCCGCCGCGGUGGACGGCGAGGAAGGUUCGGCACGCGGCGAGGGCGACGAGGACGAGGACGAGGAGGGUGCGGGCGAGCGCGCCGACGACUUUGUCGAGACGCAGUACGCGCCGCAGAUGCGCAUCAUUGACGGGCAGCUCGUGCUCGACGAGUCGAGCCUGCAGGUCGACCGAGGCGGGGACGAGCACCUCGGCCCGCGCGAGGUCAUCGAGGAAUCGGCCCAGGACCGGUUCGUCAACUCGAACUCGUACGGCAAGCGCAAGACGGCCGCCCGGUGGACCAAGGACGAGACCGAGAUGUUCUUCGACGCCGUCUCGCAGUUCGGCACCGACUUUGAGAUGAUCGCGGCGCUGUUCCCGACUCGCACCCGGCGCGAGGUGCGCAACAAGUUCAACAAGGAGGACCGCCUCGACCCGGCCUUCAUCACGUCGCUCAUCAUGAAGCGCAAGUCGGUCGAUGUCGAGGCGUACGCCAAAGCGACCGGGCAAGACCUGUCGGGCCCGGUCCCCGAGGACCCGAUGGAGGCCAUCAACCGCCGGCGCGCCGAGCUCGAGGCCGACCCAUCCCUCGCCGAGGCUGCCGCGUCGGGCUCGGGCUUUGGGCGCAAGCGCAAGGGCAAGAAGGAGGAGGUCGACGAGCACGCGCACGCCGGGUCGAGCAAGAAGCGCAAGAAGCGCAAGCACGACGAGGCGCGUGGUGCGGCCAUCAUGGACGAGGGGAGGGGCCAGAGUGACGAGGAGGAGGAGGAGCUGCGGCGGGUGCGGGAGGAGAUGGAGGAGGAGGAGCGGCAGAGGAUCAUCGACGAGAUGGAGGCGGCGGCGGCCGGGGCUUGA